UCUCCCACUCCCCAUCUAUCUCUAUAUAUGGCAAAAAUAAUCAAAUGAAUAAAAUAAAUAAAAAAUAAAUGCUCUGAAAAUUCGCAUUCCACGGAAACACAAUUCUCCGUAUUCUAGAUUCGCUUCAGUUCCUCAAAUUGUUGUUUGGAGAAUAAGCUUUGUGAAUCAGGUAAAGAUGAUGGUCGAGGAUCUGGGCGUGGAAGCCAAGGAAGCGGCAGUUCGUGAGGUGGCGAAGAUACUUCCUCUUCCUGAGCUUUUACAAUCCAUUUCUACCAUCAAAGCUGAUUAUAUUACCCGUCAACAGGCAAAUGACGCACAACUUAGUACAAUGGUUGCAGAGCAGGUUGAGCAGGCCCAAGCGGGACUCGAAUCGCUUAACUCAUCUCAGAAAACAAUAAGCCAGCUGCGUGAAAACUUUAUAUCUAUUGAAAAGUUAUGUCAAGAGUGCCAAAACUUAAUUGAAAAUCAUGAUCAGAUAAAGCUUCUUAGCAAUGUCAGGAACAACUUAAAUACAACGCUCAAGGAUGUUGAGGGUAUGAUGUCCAUUUCAGUUGAAGCUUCUGAGGCUCGAGAUUCUUUGAGUGAUGAUAAAGAACUUGUCAAUACUUAUGAGAGGUUAACUGCACUUGAUGGGAAGCGGCGAUUUGCUUUAGCAGCUGUGGCAUCUCAUAAAGAGGAGGUCGGCAGGUUAAGAGAAUAUUUUGAAGACGUUGAUCGAACCUGGGAAACAUUUGAGAAAACAUUAUGGGGUCAUAUUUCCAAUUUCUACAAACUCUCAAAAGAAAGUCCACAAACCCUGGUUCGUGCUUUGAGAGUUGUCGAAAUGCAAGAAAUUCUUGAUCAACAACUUGCUGAGGAGGCAGCUGAGGCUGAGGGUGAUGAAGCAAUGGCAGCUAUUGCAAACCCUCGAAGAGCUGGCAAAAAAUCUACCAAGUCUUCAGCUUCUUCUAAAAAUUUAGCACAGCAAAAGUUGAAGGUUCAGGGGAAAGGCUACAAGGAUAAAUGCUAUGAGCAAAUAAGGAAGACAGUUGAAGAGCGGUUCAACCACCUUUUGACAGAGCUUGUCUACGAGGACCUAAAAGCAGCUCUGGAGGAAGUUAAAACGCUUGGAGAAGAGCUUGGAGAUAUUUAUGAUUACGUAGCUCCGUGUUUUCCUCCAAGAUAUGAAAUAUUCCAGCUCAUGGUAAAUCUGUAUACAGAGAGAUUUAUUCAAAUGCUUAGAUUGCUUAGUGACAGAGCCAAUGAACUGACAAACAUUGAGAUAUUAAAGGUAACUGGGUGGGUAGUUGAAUACCAAGAAAGUUUAAUCGGGCUUGGUGUUGAUGAGACUCUUGCUCAAGUGUGUUCUGAGAGUGGUGCCAUGGAUCCUCUCAUGAAUUCAUAUGUCGAGAGAAUGCGAGCCACAACAAGGAAAUGGUAUUUAAACAUCUUGGAGGCUGACAAGGUCCAACCACCAAAGAAGACGGAAGAGGGAAAGCUAUAUACUCCUGCUGCAGUUGAUUUAUUCAGGAUACUUGGGGAGCAAGUACAAAUUGUUAGGGAUAAUAGCACUGAUGCCAUGCUUUACAGGAUUGCUUUGGCAAUAAUUCAGGUCAUGAUUGAUUUUCAAGCGGCUGAAAAGCAGAGACUUGAAGAACCUGCUUCUGAUAUUGGUCUGGAACCUCUAUGUGCAAUGAUUAACAACAAUUUGCGCUGCUAUGACCUUGCACUGGAGUUAAGUAACAGCAUUAUAGAGGCUCUUCCACAAAACUAUGCUGACCAGGUAAAUUUUGAAGACACGUGCAAAGGUUUCUUGGAGGUUGCAAAGGAAGCAGUACGCCAAACUGUUAAUGUAAUCUUUGAGGAUCCUGGAGUGCAAGAGUUGCUUGUAAAACUUUAUCAUACAGAGUGGUGUGAAGGGCAGGUUACCGAGUACCUCGUUGCAACAUUUGGUGAUUAUUUUACAGAUGUUAAGAUGUAUAUUGAAGAGCGAUCUUUCAGAAGAUUUGUUGAAGCAUGCUUAGAGGAAACAGCAAUUGUCUAUGUUGAUCAUCUUUUAACACAGAAAAACUACAUCAAGGAGGAAACUAUUGAACGGAUGAGACUAGAUGAGGAGGUUCUUAUGGAUUUCUUCAGGGAGUAUAUUAGUGUCUCAAAAGUUGAAAGCAGAGUCCGGAUAUUGAGUGAUCUAAGAGACCUUGCUUCAGCUGAGAGUCUUGACACAUUCACACUAAUUUAUUCAAAUAUUCUUGAGCAUCAACCUGACUGCCCGCCCGAUGUUGUUGAGAAGCUUGUUUCACUGCGGGAAGGCAUCCCACGCAAAGAUGCAAAGGAGGUGGUGCAAGAAUGCAAAGAAAUCUACGAGAACUCACUUGUUGGUGGGAAGCCUCCAAGGACAGGAUUUGUUUUUCCAAGGGUCAAGUGUUUGACGGCAACUAAAGGUUAUAUUUGGCGUAAACUCACUUAAACAUUCCCUCUUUCCCUUCUUUUUAGAUUAGGGGUUCCUUGCCGCCUUUUCUAAUUUCUUGCUUCUUGUUUAUGCAUAUUCUAUGCUGCUAUUAUUUGUAGUAAUAAAUUUGCUUCUUUUUUUUUUUUUUUUUGUUAACGGGGAUGAAAAAUCUCAUUAUUUUGUUAUGCAAUUUUUGGUGUUUCCCCAAGUUAAACUGUCACAAAGCUAUGUAUUUAUUAUUAUUGUUAUUACUAUUUUCCAGCUGUGGUUUGUCCAGAAAAUUCCUCAACACUGACUGUUAAAUAAUGCGAUAAAAAUUGUCAAAAGAAAAGAAUAAAUAUAAUGCAAGAAAGAGAAUAUUAAAUGAGGAUGAGUUUUUUCCUUUGUUUUGGUGCUUAGGCUAAAAUAUUAAAUGAGUCUGGAUUAUUUCACUUUUUAAAUAUUUUUAUUGUAUUUAAAUAAAUAUUUGCCUUUUAAUUAGUACCUAAUGAAGAGGUUAUUCGAAUGUAAUACCAGUAAAAAUGUUUAUUAGGUCUUUAUCAAUUGUCAAUGAAGUUUUCUUAAUAAUGUUUUUGGGUUAAAGAAUCUCACUAUAUGAAUCCUCCAAUAAAGAGUAGAAAUUAUUGUAUUUUUAUUGUUUCAGCCUCCUAACUUGCGUAGAAGAGGUUGAAACCUUAAAAAUAUUUUCAAGAAAUUUGAAAUCAAUUAACGAUAAUAAUAAUUUAAGCUAAUUAAAUAAAAUUACAGAUUCUUCAAUGCAAGUCAUUAAAUGAUAAAAGGUUCAUUCGUCGUCAGCUAAAGAGGUAUUUAUUGGCAGCAAAAUAGACUCAACAUGGCGAAUGAUACGAAAAAUAAGACAACAAAAUAUGAUAUUAAAAGCUAACUUAAAUUUAAUAUGAAUAUAAAGAUCCCAAAGUGCAUUAUCGGGCCCAUUGAUAGUGCCAAGCCUGCUUCUUUAUAGCGGAUAUAACCAAGAAAGGGUUGACCGAAAAGGUAAAGUCGCCACACUUUUAAUGGUUAGAAAAUGUAAAUAAAAUUAGAUUCGAAAAAAAAUAAAAAAUUUAAAAUUUAAAUUAUUAGUAUCAAGUUAAUCUAACUGAAUUUUGUUUUGAAUUCAAGUCGAAUUUUUAAAUUUGAAUAAUUUGAAUAAAUUAAAUAUUAAAUUACAUUAUAUUAUUAUUUUAAAAUUUAAAUUUAUAUUAUUAUUUACUCUAAUUAUUUUACAUUCCCAAAAUCAAAUCUUAUUCCUAUUCCAAAAUCCCUAAAAUCUAAAUCCUUACCAUUCUAAAUCCCUACGAUUUAAAUCAAACCCCCCAAAUUAAAAUCUCUAAAAUCUAAAUCAAACUCUCCAAUGUUCUUCAGUUCUUCAUCAGUUCACCAGGCUUUCUGAGGUUAGGCAAACCCUUCACCCGUCUUCAGUCUACGGUCUCCCAUCCCUCCCCUGUCGAAUUUGGUGGUGGAAAUUGCUGCUGAUAUGAGCCUUGAGGUUGUAAUUGCUGCUGCUGCUGCAUAAACUGCAAACAGGAAAGAAGAUUUUAGACAGUUUGAUUUCCAUUUUAAAGGAGGCAUAUGAGAGAGAAAAAAAGAACAAGCAAAAGUAAAAUCUAACUUGAAAACUAUCUUCGACGUCGGAGUUUCGAGGUCCGCCAUUUUUCUUUUGCAAUUUUCAUUUCAAUGACGCUACAUUGGCACGUGCUCAUUUACACUUUUGACAUGUUGCUUUGUUUCUUUAUGUUUUAAGAAUAAUAUGGUGAGUUUUGGAAGUCAAAGCAUAUGGUUUUGGUGGCUUCGAUCUUAUUGGUUGUAAAUACUUAGGUGGUUCUGAUUAUUUGGGUUGUAACGACACCAAGACUUCGUUAAAUAGGCAGAUAUGGGGUGUUGGUGGGGUACCUGCUUGAAAAAUAAACUAGUGUCUCUUUUCUUAAAUGUCAUCUCUGUUUCUUCUCUUGUCUG